AUGGCGAAAGGCUAUUCACUCAGAUUUUUGUGGAUAUUCAUCACAAUCAUAUUGUGCUGUGAAUUCUGUGUAAGAGCAAAGGAUUGUGGAUUGAAAUCCAUAAUCUCAAAAAAGCUGUUUGAUCAGAUUUUUCUGCAUCGUAAUGAUAAUGCAUGUCCUGCCAAUGGCUUCUACACUUACAAAUCUUUUAUCACAGCAGCCAGAUCAUACCCACAGUUUGCCAACACUGGAAAUCUGACCACCUGUAAGAGGGAAGUUGCAGCAUUUCUUGCUCAGAUCUCCCAUGAAACCACAGGUGGAUGGGCAACUGCUCCAGAUGGUCCAUAUUCAUGGGGAUUAUGUUUCAAGGAGGAAAUCGCCCCUCAAAAUAAUUAUUGUGACAUCACUAAUAAAGAAUGGCCUUGUGUGGCAAACAAAUCUUAUCAUGGACGUGGUCCUAUUCAACUAUCUUGGAACUACAAUUAUGGCCCUGCUGGAAAGGCCAUAGGAUUCAACGGUCUUAAGCGUCCAGAGAUGGUAUCCAAGAAACCUGUGAUUGCUUUUAAAACUGCUCUUUGGUUUUGGACUACUACUCAACCUCCUAAGCCCUCUUGCCAUGAUGUUAUUAUUGGGAAGUAUACUCCAACUUCUAGUGAUGCGGAAGCAAAUAGAUUGCCCGGUUUUGGACUUAUAACUAAUAUUAUCAAUGGUGGUCUUGAGUGUGGGAAGGGAAAAGAUGCUCGAGUGGCUGAUAGAAUUGGGUUUUAUAAGAGAUAUUGUACAUUGUUAAAUGUCGAUCCAGGUCAAAAUCUUGAUUGUGGUGAUCAAAAGAGUUUUACUUGAAUUCUAGAGCUACAAGUCAUUAAAUAAUCUACAAAUGUAAAUUUUGUACGAGUUGAAAACCCAAAAUAAUCAACUACAAAUCAAUAUAAUCUAUUUAAUGAGAAAGGUUGUGAUGGUCAUUUUUAUU